AUGGACCCCAGGGGGCCAGCCCUCAAGCCUUUCCAGCGGCCUGAGAAACCUGGUCGUGUCCGCCGUCGGAAGACCAGGCGGGAGCGUAACGAGGCCCUGGUGGGCAGUCGCCGGUCAUUGGCCCAUCAGGAUCCUGCCGUGGCCAGUCGGGAUCCACAUGUGGUUCUCCGGAAUUCUGUGGCACCUGCUGCCCCCAAGCUUGUGGUCAUAACCCAGGGGCGCCUGAGCCGGGAGCACCGGGGUCUCUUCAGCCACGAGGUGAAAUCUCUGGACGUGGCACGGCUGCUUAGCAGUGGGUCCCUAGAGUCAGCCACCCCUGCACUCCCCACCAAGGCCUCCCCAAGCCCAGGCAGGGCCCAAGAACCAGCCCCACCGUCAAGGGGCAAGGAAAACCAAGUGCCUGGAGCCUCGGGCCCAGGCCCACCCAGUACCCUCCAGCUCCCUGGCUUGGGGCAGCUGCUGGGGGAGCUGCAAUGCCAGCUGAUUCUGCCACAGGCCUUCCCCAGGAGGAACCUAGUACAAGAGGCCAGGGAUGCCAUCGUGGGCACCUUACAGGCCUGCCAUGGCUGUGUGCCUGACCUUACUCUGGUGCUCCGGGGCUGCCAGCCACACUUGCCAGAGACCAAGCCUAGGGGCCCUGAGAGACAAAGGAUGACAUCCUCCUGGAUCAACAGCCCUCAGGAGGCCCCAGGGGAGGGGAGGCAGAGGAGGCGAGAGGGGACAAAGGAGCUCACCUUCGCCGUGCCUCACACCUCCAGCACUCCUACUGUGUACCCGGUGAACCUGGCACCACCUAAAGGUCCCUGGCCACCCCCAUUGUCCUCGUUGCCUUCGCCAUCUGGGGCGGCCUGCGGCCCGCCAACAGCCUUUGAUCUGCUGAAAAGCAUCUGGCUGGUAGACACACCUCCCCUUCCCCGGCCCUGGGGGAUUGGCCCACCGCAACCCCUGCCUCAGCCACCAUCACCCUUGUUUUCCCGAACCUCUGCCCUGGAUUGGAGCCCCAGCCCCCCUGCCCCACUGCCCAGCCUCUCUUGGGUGGUGGCCCGGAGCAGCCCAGAGGCCUGGUGCUUUCCACCCAUGAGACUGUACUGA